CUUCACUUUUUAGCUUUAACUCUAUGUUACAGAAAUACCCAUGUUGAUUAUCCAAAAAUAAGAAACACCCAUGUUGCUCUUGUUUUCUAUGAUUACGGUUUCAUGUUAAAGUUUACUCUUUUUUUAUCUGGGGAGUGAGGACUCUGCAUGUUGUUUGCAACUAGAAUGACGUCAUCGAAUUAUAUGACAAGUGCCAAGGUUAUAUCAUUUGAUUAUAUCAGUUCAGGUGUUUCUAAAGCUGGUCUUGCUGCAAUCUUUUUCAAAACCACGUUUGGCCAGAAGCAAUGCUCUACAUGCUUGUCCUUCAGUUUUCCUCAACCUUGUUUAAAUGUCAAUUUCAAGAGGAUGGCUUGGUCCGUUAGAAGCAGCAUAGAUGACAGUAGUUUUAGUCCUUCCACUUCAAAUGGCACUAAUGGAAGGACCCGCAUAAUUAGAGUGAUUCAAGAGUUUCAGUCCAAGUUAGCGUCUAAGAUUCAGGAGGUGAGGAAAAAUCUUGCGAUGAAGCUUCUUUUCUUCUUGGUUGGAGUUUAUUGUGCAACUGCCUUUGCCACUGUUAUUGGACAAACUGGUGAUUGGGAUAUUCUAUCUGCUGCCUUGGCUGUAGUUAUUGUGGAAGCCAUUGGGGCUCUCAUGUAUAGGGCUUCUCUUCCUUUUGUUAGCAAGAGCAAGAGCCUAAUUUCCUUAUUUAAUUAUUGGAAGGCUGGCCUUACACUGGGACUUUUCUUGGAUUCAUUCAAAUAUUGAUUUGAUUUCAUUAUUGAAUACAGCAAUCCCUUCCAUGUGAAUUCAUAUCUCCUCGUGUUCUUUAAAUACUUGGCAUUUUUUACGCAAAUGACUUAUAGUCAUUGUAGUUAUCCAUCACCUGUAUGUUUGAUAGAUGAGGAAGUUACACUUUUCUGGACGUAAGUUGGAUAUAUUUGAAGUUCUUAAAAGUCCCUGAAAGACAGUGCUUAUAUCCAGAAGGUAGGACAUUAAAUUAAAGGUAUAAGGUUAAUCGUCUGUAUUUAUGAUCAGCAUAGCAAUGGGUUUGACUGGGAACAUUAAGGACAUUGACACAUUCAACAACUCACAUUAAAGGUUAUGGGUUCGAAUCCAGGAAACAACCCUUUUGCAAUUAUGAAAGGAUAAGACUGCAUACAAGAAUUGCUCUCACCUCACCCUCGCUAGUCGGGUUUAAUGGGAAGUGGUGUUUUUUUUCUCCAUUGAGUUCAGUGCUGCUAGAGAUGUUACCUCCCUCAGCAACAGUUCACUUCUUUAGUCCCUUAUUCCUGAGUUUCACACUUUCAUUCAAUUUGGCAUUGGAUCCUUGCUAGUAGAAUGGCUGGUAUUCACUCUGCUGGGGAAGUCUGACAAAUUGGAACAAAAAGAGGUCUACUUUUAUGUUGACUUGCGACCAUGGAUAAUGGUAUACAUUGAUGUGAAACUGUGACCCUUUUGCAAUAAAUAUGUUACUGCUCUACAACAUGAAAGAUGUGACUCUUACAUACAGAGGAUACUUGAAGUGCUGCUUGACUGGUGAUGUCAAAAUUUUGGUGCAAAUUAUGCAAUUUGGCACAAACAUAACCUUAGUAAUGUGAUUGUGAUCAUCCUUUUUGCAGAAACUACCAGAUUUUUUUUAACAAUGCACCAGGUGCAUGUCUUCCAGGCUCCAUCAAGAACGGCAGAUAAUGCCAUCUGGGGAUUCAUUUUGUCUAUAUUAGUAUAUAGAGGAUCUUGUGAAAAGCUAUCCAUCAUGUUUAUAUAAUUAUAAUUUUUAAAGAAGAGAAUUUGCACUUUGGAUUUACAUUUACCUUUUGUAAGUUGUUGAUAGUACAUAUUGGUAUAGAUAUCACUUUGAUGUACUUGUGUGCAGGAGAUGCACUGGAAAUUGUAUUGGGACUAA